CGCCAUGCAGACACAUGGGCCUCCCCAAAAUAACCUGCGAACACCGCACUGACAAAUGUGGCGACUUGUACUGGUGACAUGUUCCCCUAGCUACUCGGCUCCAUAUUUUCCCGUAAACUCCAAGGUGAACUGUGUACAUUAAAACCGGGAAGGCUGGGCAGCUGCCCGUGUCCAAGAUUUCCCCAGGUGGCAGCCGCUGGAAGACCGGAAUCUCCCUCUUUGAGCACAGGUGCACUCUGAGGAUUUACCAGUCCUUCACAGGGGCCAGCUGGGUUUAUUCUGAAGCAUGCAGGAGAACAACAUUGACCAGCCGUCGUCAUUGUCUCAGUUCUUAAGAGAGAGCUACCUGGCAGAGGCCCGAGCCCAGCAGCGCCACAGCGAGAUGAGCCGCUCGGACGCUUCUUCCUCACGCCUCCAGAUCUACAGGUCGCUCAAAGGCAAGGCUGAAGACUCUGUGGGCCACAGUGAUCCCCAAUUCCCAGACCUCUCAGCCUUCCUCAGCCAGGAGGAGCUGGAUAAGAGUGUGAACCUGGCCCGCCAGGCCAUCGGACAUGAGCCUCGGGAAGAGAGGGCUGAGGUCAUGGCCUCUGUCAAACCAUCAACCCCCUCCAACAUCUCCUCAGUCUCUUCCUCCAAACCCCCAUCUGUUCCCUUUGCUAACCCCUCUCCUGGUCUUUUUGCCACCCCCUCCACAGUGCCCUUCAGCCAGGCAGCCCCUGAACUCCAAGAACUGCUAGCAACACACACAACAACACUCGCAUCAGACAGAAAGAUGGACAAAGCAUCCUCACGGCAGGAAAACACAAGAGACUCCAGUGAGGGAUUCAACGACUUUGACAGGUCGGCGAGGAAUGCCCCGUAUGGUCCAGAGACCCAGUCCAAGAAGGAGUUCCUCAACAAGGCAGCAGACUUCAUUGAGGAGCUCUCCGCUCUCUUCAAGGCCAACAGCUCCAAACGGGUACGGCCGAGAGGGUGCAAAUCCCACAGGACGAGGAACCAGAACAAGAGCCAGAACGAUGGGACAGCGUAUCCCCUCGGCCCAGACAACAGGGAGCGCUCUGCCAUGCCCGUGGAGGUGGAGAAGGAGAGACCCAGCCCUGCAGUUAGCCACCAACCACAGGCCCAGCUGGACUCUGGGAUUGGGCAUGUGGGGUUUCAGGACAGUAGGAUUACUGAGCAGCAGUACGAGUGUGUUUCCCAGGAGGUGGAGGAGGAGGCUGAAAGCUGUGCCCUGACAGACACUCCAUACCCAGCAGAGCCUGCGUGUGAGCCUCCUUGUUUCAUCCAGAAACUGAAAAGCAGGGAGGUUCCAGAGGGCAGCAAGGUCCAAUUGGACUGCGUUGUAAGAGGACUCCCUGUGCCUGAAGUCCGGUGGUUCUGUGAGGGCAAGGAGCUGGAGAACAGCCCUGACAUUCAGAUCAUCACCAACGGCGAGCUGCACUCCCUGAUCAUCGCUGAGGCCUUCGAGGAAGAUACCGGACGCUACUCUUGCUUCGCAUCUAAUUUCUAUGGCACCGACUCCACGUCAGCUGAGAUCUAUGUCGAAGGUGCCUCCUCUUCGGAUUCUGAUGGGGAACAACACAUUGAGCAUGUAGCCCAGUUGCAAAGGAAAUCUUUACCUCCAACAUCGAGCCAAACUCUCUCUGCAGAAGAGGAAGACUCUCCGUCAUCCCUACCUGCAGCAGCCACCGAGGAGCCAGCGGAGCAGCUCUCCUCUGCACCGAUUGACCAAAUAAUCCCAGAUCCUCUUCUACCUGCCCGGACAUUAGCCACCAUACUUCCAGCCCCUGAGCCCUCUCAGACAUCCGUGGCAUCCACAGCACCCCUUGCUCAGGAGGAGGCAACAGUGUCACCCGUGCAGAUGUUUCCUACGUUGUCACCGGGCGAUACAGAACUUUCAGAAGCCCAGGAGGUGUCAACAUCUGUCACAUCCACACUGCUGCCGGUGCAGACAGCUGCAGCCAAAGCUACAUCGCUGCCUCUAAACUCCGUGGUCUCCUCUGCGCUGCCUGUCUUGUCAGCCCCAACACAAACACCCCAACCUGAGAGUCAAACCUCCAACCACAACUAUCCCGACUAUCCACAAGGUGAACGGCCACCUAUCAUGGCUGCCCCUGUAUUCACAAAGAGCCUGCAGGACCUCCUCGUGUCAGAAGGCCAGCUGGUGGUGCUAGAGUGCCGCGUGAAAGGGGUGCCAUCACCUCAAGUGGACUGGUCCAGAGAUGGAAAAAUCAUAGAGGACUCUCCUGAUUUCAGGAUCCUGCAGAAAAAGGAAAUCUGCACUCUGGUCAUUGCUGAGGUCUUUCCUGAAGAUUCGGGCAUGUUUACUUGCACAGCAAGCAACAAGUAUGGAACCGUGUCCAGCGCUGCUACACUGAGGGUCAAAGGCAAUGGCAGCAACAGCAACCACGUGAGGCCUUUCAGCAGUUUGACAGUGGAACCCAAUCGAAUCCAAGAACCUUCAUCAGCUCCCGCUGUGGACCCCCGACCGGGGGUUACUGUGACCAGCAGCAUCAAGCCCCACUCCAGCACCAUUCGCCUAGAACCCCUCGUCUCUAGCACCUUACGCCUGGACCCCUUGAACACCAGCACCCUCCGUCUGGACCCCAAUGGCUCCAGCAUGUUGCGUCCAGACCCCCUCCGCGCCAGUCUACCCAGUCUGGAACCCUCCACCCUGAGCAGCAGCAGCUCCUUCCUCAACUCUUGCAGCACCAGCUCCCCGACCUUAGAUCCUCUCUACCUCCACCAGAACUCUGCCGGAUCCAGUGGAGCACGUCCAGAACCACCAAGCAGCGGACAGGUGCUCUCAUACCUAAAACCCUUCACUUCUCAACUUGUGGUUGUGACUUCAGCUGAGCAGGAAGUGUCCACGCCUUCAGUGGCAUCGCCCGACACAAGCCCAAAAGUUAAGGGCACCCCAAACCAUCAGAAUGGGAGUCUCAUUGUGGUGCCUCUCCCUGAUCCCCCUCCUAACUCCUGCCUAAAGACAGGCGCCCAGACAAACCAGAAAGUCUCACGCAUCGGCUCCAGAGUCGGCUUGCGUGUGCACUUCAAACUGCCUGAGGAUGAGGAGGAUGUACAAAGUGACGCUUCCAGUCAGUUUGAUGAAGACCCCAGCAUGGCAGUCAACAAAGAACCACCACCAGUGCUGGCUAAACCUAAACUGGACCCAGCCCAGCUCCAGCUUCUGCACAACCAGGUCCUCAUGGAGCAGCAGCAGGACCCUGAGCCUCAGACCCACACCUACACCCAGCCCCGGCCCCAGCCCCAGCCCCAGCCCCAGCCCCAGCCCCAGCCACAGCCACAGCCCCAAUUCCAGCCCCAGCCCCAAUUCCGGCCCCAGAUCCAGCCUGAGGUCCAAAGUACCAAUGAAGCUCCGCUGUGGUCACCCAGAAUACAACGUGAACCCCACCCGCCACCGUUCCAGCCCUACCUGAACACCACGGCGCCCCUGUGGCAAACGGCCCCCUCUGCACCCCCAAUGACCACCGCUCCCCCUGCUCCCUUUCUGAGCUCUGCUACAGCUCUCAACACCACCUUUUCACCUCGUCUCAACACUUCCCCUUUGAGCUCGUCACCUUCGAUUCCUAAGCUAAAGACUUCCUCCCUGGUGAACUCCCCUCCACCUGCCCCACAGCUGAAAACAGCUCCUCCUCUCAGUAUAGCUCCUGUAACCCAGAUGAACACCAUCCAUGCCUCCCAUCUCAACCUGUCCCCUGCAGCUCUGGCCAGGACUGCACCUACACCCCAAUUUUACUCUCCACCCGCACCAAAACUUAGCACAGCCCUUACAGAUCCGACCUCAGCCUCACAGCAGAUCACGUCUCCUGCUCCUCUUCUGAGAAGCACCCACGCCUCCCUCAUGAACCUCACCGCCACCUCCCACACCUUCAACUACGCCCGGCCUAAAGAGUUCAUAGCUGCGCAGGCCUUCUCGCCAGUCAGGAGUCUUUCCCCAACCGAAUCACCAGUCCCUCUGCUCCAAGAGUUGGCCGCUGAGCUCCACUCCUCUGCAGCCAGCUCUCCUACUCUCCCACCAUUCUCCCCGCCACCCAGGAUCUUCUCAACAAGGGUGCUCAAGUCUCCCACCAGCCCUCCUUCCCUCGUGUCUUCUCCCACACCGGUGUCAGCGCCAUUCCUGAACAGCAUGUGCGCCAUUCGAGCCCAGUCGCCUCCCCAGGCCUCCUCCCCCACCUCUAGCAGCUCCACGCCCAGCCCCAUUCAAAACCCGGUGGCGUUCCUAAGCUCUGUCCUGCCGUCCCUGACCCCGAGUCAGCCCACCAACUCAAUGGGCCUGCCCAAGGGAGCUCCUUUAAGGCUAAAAAAGAACGUACCAAAGGUGCGCCUCCCGUCAACUGAAGACGUUCGCGGAAGCAGAGAAAUUCUCCUCCCAGACAUUGAAAAAAGCUUCGCUGGAA